UCCCACUUCCUUCUUCAACAAUGACUCCCUUCUGCCUCCUUCACUGCCUCCUCCUCCUCUCAGCCGCCUUAACCUCCACCGCUGCCACCUCCACAACCGCUUACCCUUCCAUCACCGGAACCGGUUCCACCACUGAUUGCGGUCUCUCCGGAGGAGACGAGAAUCCUGUUCCCAUCCGUCGCGAAGUCUACGGUAACGGCAAGAUAUUCGACAUCAGCCAUAGGUACACCGUCGACAUGCCGUCAUGGGAAUCCAAAGACGGCAUCGGACAGUUCCUUUGGUUGCCUAAAAGCAUGAAGAACGGUUCCCUCGCAAAUAAUUCGGAGAUGAAACUUCCCACUCACACCGGCACCCACCUCGACGCUCCCGGACACGUUAUCGAUCGUUAUUUCGAUGCCGGCUUCGAUGUCGAUACCCUCGAUUUGGAAGUCCUUAAUGGCCCUGCGCUGUUGGUAGAUGUUCCAAGGGAUAAAAACAUAACUGCUGAGGUUAUGGAGUCUUUGAAAAUACCCAAGGGAGUACGUAGAGUUCUUUUCAGAACCUUGAAUACUGACAGGCGGCUAAUGUUUCAGAAAGAGUUCGAUACAAGCUAUGUGGGGUUUAUGAAGGAUGGGGCAGAGUGGUUGGUUAAAAACACUGACAUCAAACUUGUUGGAAUUGAUUACUUAUCUGUUGCUGCAUUUGAUGAUUUAAUUCCAUCUCAUUUAGUUUUCCUGGAAGGCCGAGAUAUUAUUCUUGUGGAAGGCCUAAAACUCGAUGACAUCCAGCCCGGAAUAUAUUCGGUUCACUGCUUACCUUUAAGAUUGAUUGGUGCUGAAGGAUCACCAACAAGAUGCAUUCUCAUCAAAUGAUGUAUUAUCCUUGUAAGUCGUGCAUUCUUGCUUUAGUCAUUACCGAAGACUUAAGAAAAGUGAGUACUUUCUUCAGGCAACGACGAUGCUAAGGUGAGGCGAUUGGUAGGAAUAUUAUAAAUAAUGGACUUAUGUUACGUACACAGAAGUUAUCUACGGGUACCGAAAUUUAGUUUCGUUGAAGUACACUUUGUGUAUCAUAGUAUAUUUCUUAUGGCUUUUUGGUUAUUGCUUCUGAAUGUCAUUGCUAAAUCUUUGGUCACUGAACAGAAUUGAGGUGGAAAUGAUUUGUUUCACA